AACAUGGCAUAAAAUAAUAUUAUAAUCCCACACUAUAGAACUGGAAAUUAGCGUAUUGAGAUUUGCUUUAAAUCAUGUGGUAGACAAAUGAUUUAUUGGUUUAUUAUAUGACUACUAUUUGUUUUGAGAGAAUUUUUAAAGUAUUUUAUUUCUUUUGCUUUUGUAUGCACUUUAAUUUAAAUAUACAUUGGGAAUUGCUAACAUCUACUUUAUAAACACUUACGUAGGUUGGUCUCGAGAGUGCCUCCAGGACUGGGGCUCAUACAUCCACCUGGCUGUCCCUGGCAUGGUCAUGCUAUGUGUUGAAUGGUGGACAUAUGAGAUUGGAGGCUUUCUAGCAGGUCUCAUAAAUGAAGUGGAACUCGGAGCUCAGUCAGUUGUGUAUCAACUGGCAAAUGUUGCAUACAUGUUCCCUUUGGGUUUCAGCAUAGCGGGCAGUGUAAGAGUUGGAAAUGCUUUGGGAGGUGGAGAAACGGAGCAGGCCAAGCUGUCUGCUAAGAUGUCAAUGUUCUGUGCAGUGUCAGUGUCUAUAUGUUUGUCAACUCUCAUCGGGAGCCUAAAGGACCACAUCUCUUAUGUUUUUACAUAUGAUGAACAAAUCAGGCAAAGGGUUUCAGAUGUCCUAUCUUUUUAUGCUCCUUUCAUUCUACUCGAUGCAACAUCUGCUGCCGUGUGUGGCAUAAUAAGAGGAGCAGGCAAACAGAGAGUUGGAGCUAUUUGCAACAUUUUGGGAUAUUAUGGUGUUGGCUUUCCAAUUGGAGUGUCACUGAUGUUUGCAGCCAAAUUAGGAAUCAUGGGUCUGUGGACAGGCUUGUUAACCUGUGUGUUCCUGCAAUGCUCAUUCCUGAUUUUCUAUCUAAUCAGAAUGAACUGGAAAAACGUCACAGUUGAGGCUCAGAUCAGAGCAGGAGUGCAUGUAAGCUCCACAGACACAGGUACCCAACUAGAAGACUCUGGUAACUCAGUGGGUCAAGCAGACACCAUUGAUCUGAUGGAUGUUCAGGUGGAAACAACAGUGAGGACAGCUGAAGGAGAGCUCUCUUUCAGGACUCUGGUUCUGCGUAGAGGCUUGGCUCUAGCUUUCAUGUUGUUCAUCUUGGCUGUUGGUAUUAUUUUGAACCUACUUAUCACCAACUUGGCUACCUGAACAUGAGUAAUGUCUGUCUCGUUCAGGG